AGAAAUGAUCACCUUGUUCCGUCCUCGGGGGGUCUCCAGAACCAUCCUGCUGCUUCUUUUUCGUUGCCUUCUUCCUGGAUUUCGCGACCCGGUCCUGGCCGACCUCCCCGAAACGCUCUGCCCUGACAACGGUUCAUAUGCCACCAACAGUGCAUAUCAGGACAACCUCAAUGAGCUCACUUCUUCGAUGCAAAAGAAUGCUGCUUUCUCCAAGUUCUUCGAGGACUCAUCCGGGAACUACCCGAAUAAAGUUUACGGUCAGUACAUGUGCCUCGACUAUGUCUCCAACUCAACGUGCCGGACUUGCAUAGCCAAGGGAUCUGAAGACCUCCUGAAGCUUUGUCCAAACAAGACGGAAGCGGUCGUUUGGGAGGAAUUUUGCCAGUUGCGGAUAUCCAGCCAAGAAUUUUUCGGCCGGCUGACCGAAGUAAACAAAAAUCAGUUCAAUCCAGAGAACAUAUCCGAUCCUGGCAAGUUCGGGUUGGUGGUGAAUGAAACUUUAAGUUUUCUCGCCUGGAAAGCUGCUCUCGAUUCUCCAGGGACUCACUAUGCUACUAAGGAAAAGAAUUUCAAGCUGGGCACGAACAUGACUUUAUAUGCUCUUGCUCAGUGCGCUAAGGACUUAACAGCAGAUGAUUGUCGCAAGUGCCUCCAAGAAGCAAUAAGAAAUGUAACAGAUUGCUGCUAUUUUUCCAAAGGAGCAAGAGUUCUAAGUCCGAGUUGCUACUUGCGAUACGAGUUAUAUGACUUCACGUUGCCAGAGAACCAAAAAAAGAAGGCUGGGAAACAGUGGCUGAUCGAAGUUCUCGCAAUUUUAUCGCUCUGCUUGGCGGCAACCAGUUUGUGCUCCUGGAUUUUCUUCGGGAUCAUCAAAAGUAACAAUCUUUAUCCUAAUGGUGAUCUUUGUGCCCUCCCCGAAUUCCAAUAUACUAGAGACUCAUCAUUUUUUAUUCCAGGGAAGAAAGACCUCGCAGAUAGACAGGGUCGACCUCUGCUUACCGGUGACUCUGCUCACGGUAUUCUUCCCUUCCGAUACACCCGGGGAAAUACUCUGACUGAAAUUCAAGAUCAUCCGUAUUUUGACAUGAGAUGCAUACUUGCGGCCACCGACAACUUCUCAGAUACACUAAAACUAGGACAAGGUGGAUUCGGUCCAGUUUACAAGGGUAUUCUACCGGAUGGGAGAGUAGUUGCGGUGAAGAGGCUAGAGAGCUGGUCAGAGAAGGGUUCCGAAGAAUUCAGAAAUGAAGUCCUGCUCAUAAUGAAACUUCAACAUAAGAAUCUGAUACCAGUCCUGCUGUGUGUCUUGCAUAACAUGCGAAAUAUCAUAUUCAUCCGACAUUUGGUAACUUCUUUUUUUGGUAUAGAUGCUCAGAGAAGGAUCGAGCUGAGUUGGGGCAGACGUCUGAACAUUAUCAUCGGCAUCGCUCGAGGUAUGCUCUAUCUUCACGAGGAUUCUCGUCAAAAAAUCAUCUUCAGAGACCUCAAAGCAAGCAAUGUGCUGUUGGAUCGCUUCAUGAACCCAAAAAUCUCGGACUUUGGACUGGCGAGGAUCUUUGCAGGAACAGAAAAUGAAGCAAAUACUGCCACUUUAGUUGGAACCUAUGGUUACAUGGCGCCGGAGUAUGCGAUGGAGGGGUUAUAUUCCAUAAAAUCGGAUGUCUACAGCUUUGGAGUUCUCUUGCUUGAGAUAAUAACGGGGGAGAGAAAUGCCGGCUUUUGGCAGUCGAGACGUGCCCCGAGUCUCCUAGCCUAUGCAUGGCAACUAUGGAAUGAAGGUAGAGCAAUGGAGUUGAUGGAUCCAUUGCUGCACAACAAGUGUUGUCCUGAAGAAUUGAUGAAAUGCGUCCAUGUCGGACUUUUGUGCGUUCAAGAAGACGCGUUCGACAGGCCCACCAUGUCCGCUGUCAAUGUGAUGCUCAAAAGGGAUGCUGUAAUUCUCCGUCAACCUCUCAAACCCGCCUUCUCGGCCAGCAGAUUCACUCAUCAGUCCAAAGGAGGUGUUGAUGAUGAUGACUGUUCCGUUAAUGGCUUGACGGUUUCCACUGUGGCGCCUCGGUGAGAAAAGUCUGCCCUAGGAGAUAAACACGGUUCUCCGCACAAGUGUACUGCUUGGACAAGGUAACGCAUGUGCUAGUUAUUCACUAGAAAACCGAUUCUCAACCAUAAGCUGUCUAAUUAUGUGUGAUGCCCAUCUCAGCACAAAAGAGUACAGUGUAUGUCCUAGAGAAGAUCAUCUCAUAGCACUCUGAGUUCUCUCUGAACUACGUCCAGUCUUUGUACAGUCCUUCUAUUCUCUCUAUCUGUUACGUC